UCAGACUGUUGCAUAAUAAUUGUACGUUUAUUGGCAAGAUUUUACUACUUGCUUUUUAAAUGACUUUUUUUCAGGUUCGUUAAGACUAGAUGAGAAUGACUUAAAAGUUCAAGAGCAAUUGGAGCGCGAAUUUGAAGAAAGUCAGAGAAAGAAAGAAAAGAGGCUCAGUCGAAAAGAGGAAAGAAGAAAACUUCGCAGACAAGAAGAUGAAAAAAGGGAAUUACUUAGGCGGAAAGAGCAACGCCAAAGAAGAGAAGAUGAAAGAAAAUAUGGUCCUCUUGCCGAUGAUUUAAUCAAGAAAGCAUACGAAGACGGUGUGGAACAUGAUACGUCAUCUAGAUUUAACGUGGUCGGUAACUAUAAGCAAGGGAAAUCAUCACUGGUUGCUGCCCUUGUUGGCAACUGUGAGAAAAGUAUCUAUAGCACAAAUGGAAUCGAUAUCGCACGUUACAAAUGCCGAAGAGAUGCUUCUGGGAAAAUAAUCUACGAAGUAACCCACGGUCAGGAUCCAGCAGACAUUGCUAAACGAAUCAAUGCAACAAAACAUGGACGAAGAAAUACAUUUAAAGAAAAGCUCAAACAGUUUUUCACUUCUUCAUACGUGUAUAAAAGGUUAUGGGGCACAAACAAUCCUGUCCAUUCGCCAAAAGACAUGACAGAAGAAGAAAGAAACAUGUUAAUUCAAGAGGUGAAACAAGAAAGAGAACAAAGCCCCGGUAAAGAUGAUAUUAUACAAAUAAUGGAUGUUUGGGACUUUGCAGGACAAAUUGUGUACUAUGCCACGCAUACUUUGUUUCAUAGUAGGAAAGCGGUUUACCUGCUUGUGUUCAAUUUAUCUUUGGACUUAUCUGAUGUUGUGCUCAAUGAUGACGAGGAAUGUCGUGUUAGCCAUGGGAAAAGAAACAUGGAAUACUAUAUAAAGUUCUGGGUGAACUCAAUUCAUUCUUUUGUUGGUAACAGAGAUAGUACAGAGCCAAUAAUCAUACUUGUGGGAACUCACCUUGACAAACUAAAAGGAAAUGAUUCAGAGAAAAAGCGACAGGCAGACAAGUAUUUUGACAACAUUCGACUGCUGUUCAAAGGCAAACAAGCGCUCAAUCACAUUUACCACAAAGACUUCGCUUUGGACACUUAUGACACUCAAUGUGAAACCUUAAAAAAUCUACGAGAUACUUUGAUAAAUCUUGGGCACGACAUUUCGCUGUCUAGAACAGUUCCAGCAAAGUGGAUUCAGCUUGAAAAAUGUUUGUUCGAGCGUAGACACGAAAAGAUUGUCACAUUUGAAACAAUUGUUGAAAUUGAUGCAGACACUGAAUAUCCCCUGAAAGACAAAGACCAGAUUAGACUGUUCUUAAAACACAAGCAUGACCAGGGAACGUUAGUGUAUUUCGAUGAGGAACCCCAAUUUGUUGUACUGGAUCCACAAUAUCUUGUGGACGCAUUCAAAUGCCUGAUAACAGCCAAACGUUUCGUUACAAAUGAGCUCGAUGUUAAUGAAGCAUGGGUAGCCCUAGCAACGGAGGGAAAACUGGAAAAUUCUUUGAUUGACAAAUUAUGGACUCGUAAAAGGAAGAAAGGUUUUAUGAAACACAGGGAAACAAUACUCUGGUUUCUUCAGAAACAUCGAAUCAUUUCACAGGCAAUGGAAUUCGACGAAACAAAGCAAGUUGCAGUUGGUCUCGGCUGGUAUGUCGUACCAAGCUUGCUUCCCGAUCAUAGUCGAGCUGAAGAAAUUCUAAAAUUCCAAGAAAACAAGCGGCAAACAAAAAUUCAAUAUGUCAUUUCGUUCGACAACUCGGCCAUUGUACCAACUAUAUUUUACCGACUUGUUGCAGCUGCUCUUGGAAAAUGGUCAAUUUUAGAAUUCAGAGGAACAAAGCUCCUUUUCGAGAAUCUUUCCAUCGUCCAAAUGGAUGCGUAUCAUGCAGGAGUCAUUAGGUUAAAUGACAGACACAUACACCUUUCUUUAAUGCGUCUGACACGGCGUCGCAGUAUCAACAAAUUCAUCGUUGAUGAAUUCAGACGCUAUGCGGAGUCAGUAGUAAUGUAUGAAUUUAGGAAACACGAAGGAGUCUUGGAGCAAAAUGUGUUGCCUUUUAAUCGUGGAUACUCGUGCAAUCACGAAAGCCAUAGACCAAAUGGAGGCACGGUCAUCAAGAACAUAGGUAGAGAUAUAAGUAUUGAAUGUUCUACGUGCCCGGAUUUAGAAUCCCACGAGAUUGAAACAACUUCAGCAUUAGAAGAAUGGUUCCAAGGUAAAGGAUCGUUCCCGAACGUGCCACCUGGAUGUCCAUCUCCUUCAACCUUUCAGAAGUUUUCUCAAAAUAUUGGGACAGAUUGGGAGUUGCUUGGACAUGCACUUAAAAUACCAAGGGUAAAGUUGGAACACAUUAGAGAUGAAAAUGGAAGUAAUGUCAAGCAAAUAUUUAAGAUGUUGCUUGAGUGGCGUGACAUGAAUGAUGAUGAUGUGUCUCUACAAGUGUUAAUAACAGAGCUUCAGAAGCUACCAGAGGUAACAGUAAACUGGGAUGGAAUAAGAAACAUUGUCGACGAAUUGAAUGCCAAGUGAAGGUCGAUCACUACAACUGUAGUUAACCUGUAGCUAUAUCGAGACAAGAUCUGAAGGAUCGUGAUUUGAUAAAUGUUUAGUUACCGUAAAC